AACUUUAUCAUAUAUGUAUGAAAAAUGUGUUUUCAAAGAAAUUUCGCCACACCAUCUGUCCGACCAAAAGUCGAUAAGUUCUCGAUCCCUAAGCUCGCAGUAUAGUCCAUAUUUGAAAAUGUUCUUUGUGGACAACACACUCUUCCACGAUUGGAAAGCCCAUUUGAAAAUUCUUCCUUCAUUUAAUGGUCUAUAAUAUAACGUUAUAAAUUAUUCCAUUGAUUUAGUCUUGAUUUAGGACCUUUCUUUGAUUCACGCGUAUUUUCUUCUAGGAGUUUCUGAUUCCAAAAUUCCAAUUGGGAAAAAAAAUAAAAAAAAAAGAAAAAAAGAAAAGAACGAAAAAACUCGCUAGGUCGCCCCCCGAUGAUAUAUAUAUAUAUAAUAUAUAUUUUAUAUAUUUUUACCACCACUUUCGCCCAGGGGCCAGGACAAGGUUUAUUAAGGUACGGAUAGAUUAAGCCAGCGAAUUCCAGAGUAACGGCCCGAGAUUUGUUUUUCCGUUGUUGUCCUCGUCGUCCUCUUUCCCUCCCAGUUAGGGUUUCGGUUUACUACAAUCGGGUGCGGUGGGGUGUGGUGGGCGAAGAUGAAGGAGGCGUUGCAGAGAUGGAAAGCGCACCUCUCCCCCGCGGGCAACGGCUGCGAGGCGCGGUGGCGCUGGGUCACGGGCUCCGUCGCCGCCGCGCUCCUCUUCUCCUGCGCCCUCCUCGCCUACUCCGCCUUCCUCUCCGCCCACUACCGAUGGCGCUGCCCCGACUGCGUCCCCUCCCCUGCCGCCCCCGCCCUCCGCUCCGCCUCCGCCUCCGCCGCCGCCGCCGCGACGGACCUCUCCCACGUCGUCUUCGGGAUCGGGGGCUCCGCGCGCACGUGGGACCGGCGGCGGGGGUACACGGAGCUGUGGUGGCGCCCGGGGGAGAUGCGCGGGCACGUGUGGCUCGACGAGGCGCCCGCGGGGCCCUGGCCCGCCACGUCCCCCCCGUACCGCGUCUCCGCGGACGCGUCGCGCUUCGGGAACCGCGCGUCGGCGGCGCGGAUCGCGCGGAUCGCGGCGGAGGCGUACCGCGCCGCGUCGGAUCCGGAUUCGGGGUGGGGCGGUGGGGAGGCGGCGCGGUGGUUCGUGAUGGGCGACGACGACACGGUGUUCUUCCCGGAGAACCUGGUGGGGGUGCUGGGGAAGUACGACCACGAGGAGAUGUACUACAUCGGGGCGCCCUCGGAGAGCGUGGAGCAGGACGUGAUGCACUCGUAUGCCGUGGCCUUCGGCGGCGCAGGGUUCGCCAUCAGCUACCCCGCCGCGGCCGAGCUCGCCCGCAUCAUCGACGCCUGCCUCCAACGCUACACCAACUUCUACGGCAGCGACGAGCGCGUCUCCUCCUGCCUCAGCGAGCUUGGCAUCCCCCUCACUCUCGAGCCCGGCUUCCACCAGGUGGACGUGCGAGGCGACGCGUACGGGAUGCUGGCGGCCCACCCAAUCGCUCCGCUGGUGUCGCUGCACCACCUCGAAUACCUGAAGCCCGUAAGCCCGCGCGGCGCCACGCAAUUGGAGGCGCUCCGGUCCCUGGUCGGAGCGUCGCGGUUCGACCCGGCCCGCAUCGUGCAGCAGAGCAUUUGCUACGAGCGUGGGCCGGGCUACGUGUGGUCCGUCUCGGUCUCGUGGGGCUACACUGUGCAGCUGUAUCCUUGGACGCUUUACCCCACGGCUUUGGAAGUGGCCCUCGAGACGUUCCAAACGUGGCGCAGCUUCAGCCCCGGGCCCUUCACCUUCAACACCCGACCCGUUGGUCCCCAGGACCGGCCCUGCCAGCGGCCCUUGAUCUUUUUCCUGGACCGAGUCGAGAGCUACCCGGACCGGGCUCGAACCUGGGGCGGAGUGAACGGCACGGUCACGGACUAUGUGAUGGGCGAGGCGGGGAGCAACUACCACGGGUGCGAGGGCCGCGGAUUCGGCCCCGCUUCGAAGAUCCGCAAGGUCACCGUGUUCGCGCCCGUCAUGAACCCGAACUCGUGGAAACGGGCUCCUCGGAGGCAAUGUUGCAGAACGAGUAGAACGAAGAGAGGAAGGGUUUUGGAGGUCCGAAUCAAUAAUUGCAGUCCGGGAGAGGUCAUCACUCCGCCCUAGGAUGCUCUUUUCUCUCCUUUUAAAGAUGCUGAUAAUGAAAACAGGGGAAUUUUUUUGUCGAAAGGAAGAAGGAUAGAUAGAGCUAACAAGUGAGAGUAUAUCAAUUUUUGGUGCGGAUGCUAGCCCCAUAUGCAUGUAUUUUUGUUUUUCACCGCUCGUAGUCGUAGAUGUGUACAGUGACAAGAUGAGAACGUUGAUUGAACGAAGAACUAUUGCUCCUGUAUUUACUGCUGCUAUUUUACUUGCCAUAGUGAGAACCGUAAUAAAA